UAGGAGAGUUUCGAAAAAUCUAAGGGCAUGAGAGGCGUUACCAACUUACUUCGUGGCCGUUAAGAUAUGGGUAAACGGUAGUGAUGCGUUCGACACGGAGGCUAUUGCAAAGAGACUUGCAGAUAAGCCGAAACCGACAGAUGGCGAUCAGGAAACCGAUGGAAGGCAAACGUUCGCUUCCUUUAGAGAGGAAUCCGUCCGACAUUACGUUUCGUGUUAGUUCACCAUCCACACCCACCUCACAUGUUAAUGGGUCCCACAAAUGAGAGGAGAGGAAAAGAGCGUCGAGCGGGCCCCGUAGGAAGUCCCGGUCGCGUUUUUUAUUCGUGUCCCGCGACGACCGUUUCGACUCGGCCCUCCUUUUCUCUCAUUGACCGACUCGGGUAGCGAAACGGAGGCGAUUGCCAGAGACCCGAGUCCACUAACUCCGCCUCUCUCUCCCCAUUAUUAGUUCCUAGUGCGUCCUCUGACCCAUGAAUCUGUUGCGUUGGAUCGAUCUGACAGCUUCGGGGCAAAGGCAAGAUUUGCUGCUGGGAAGAUAGUUUCUGUUGCUCCCAAGAUCCAUGUAAAUUUUUUUGCUUUGCUGGAGGAGUGAGAUUUGCUUCGUGUCGGAUUUGGUGCAAAAUCUGAGCUUUUUUCUGGUUUGGAGUGGUCCGGAAAUAUGGGGAUGAUUUCUGGAGUCUCCAAUUAUAGUGAGAGAAAGGGAGAAGAAAGACGUGGGAUGAGAUGAAACCGAGGCCUCAGGCAGAUCAAGAGGAGGUGGAUUACUUCCCCACGACGCCGAGGAAGGACCAGUCGAUCAGAUGGCUGGUGAAGCUCGUGACGUUUCUAGUCGUGUUCAUGGCCGGCGUCGUGCUGGGCUUGUCGGUAUCAGCACACUACACUCGGCACUACAACUCGCGGACCGAGCUCUUCUUCCCGAGGGCAACGUACGCGGGGAACUGCGACAAAGAGAGUUUGAGCAUCAAGAGGUUCGUGCAGCCAACCUGUUCGAUGCAUGGCAUGAGUGACGACGAGCUCUUCUGGAGGGCGACGGUGGUGCCAAUAAUGGCGGAGUAUCCGUUUGAGAGGGUGCCGAAGGUGGCAUUCUUGUUCAUGACGAAGGGACCUCUGCCUUUUGUGCCGCUAUGGGACAGGUUUUUCAAAGGCCACAGAGGGCUGUACUCCAUUUACGUGCACACGCUUCCAGAUUACAAGCUCAGUGUCCCUGAGACUUCUGUUUUCUAUGGCAGGCAGAUCCCGGGCCAGGAGGUCUCAUGGGGAUCAAUAACACUUUUAGAUGCUGAGAAGCGACUCCUGGCGAAUGCCUUGUUGGAUUUCUCCAACGAGCGCUUUGUUUUGCUCUCUGAGAGUUGCAUUCCAGUAUAUAGUUUCCCUACCGUCUAUGAAUACCUCGUGAAUUCUGCCCACAGCUUUGUUGACUCCUACGACAAAGACAUACAACAGGCCCGCGGCCGCUAUAACUGGCGCAUGAGUCCCAAGAUCAAGCUGUCCCAGUGGAGGAAAGGUUCAGAGUGGUUCGAGCUCAACCGUGGAUUGGCCAUCGAUAUAGUUGCAGAGCACACAUACUACUCCCUUUUCAGGAAGUACUGCAAGCCUUCCUGCUACCCCGACGAGCACUAUAUUCCAACUUAUCUGAACAUGUUCCAUGGGUCUCUGAAUGCGAACCGGAGUGUGACUUGGGUUGAUUGGUCCAGGGGAGGAUCUCAUCCGGCACGGUAUGGUGCUGCAAACAUCACCGCGGAGUUCAUCCAAUCAAUCAGAAACAAUGGUACCUCCUGCAUGUACAACUCAAGGUCGACGUCUGUUUGCUUCCUCUUUGCAAGGAAGUUUGCUCCGAGUGCCUUGGCCCCCUUGCUCAACGUUUCAUCAACAGUUAUGGGAUUCUGAAGUCAUGCCAUCUACUCCGCAAUCUGUAGAAGUGAUCAGUGUUACUCCAAGGCAACUUCUCCUCCAAGGGCUGGGAUCGAGGUGGCUCAUGGAAGAGCUUUACUGGCUGUUGGUUCUAAGAAUUGCUUAUAGAAGAUCUUUAUUCAGUUGUUCCUCCUACGUUGCGGUCUCCCCCCAACCACCCCUCAAUCUCUGGAGAUGAUCUGUGUUACUUCAAGGCGAUUUGUCUCCGAGGAUGGAAGGCUAUUACUGGUAGAAGGUUUGCAGACCAAGAUGAUCAUUCUUCCAACUCUCUUACUUACUUGCAUAAAGAUAACCAAAGGGACCUGCAGUGCCAUUCAAGGUUUUGUAUGGAAGAUUUUAGUCGAUUUGUUUAUACACGGAGUUGUUAGUGUCAACUCAUUACACACUUCAUUAUAAGUGCAAGUGGGAUUCAAACUCUA